AUGCCAAGCAUGGAGGAUUCACCGUCAGGAGAAGCAAAGCUUCCACUGCUAGAAUCUCAUCCUCUAACAGAUGAAAGAGAUGAUGAAGAAGACCAAACACUGGUACGGAGGUUUUGGUUCGAGUCAAAGAAGCUUUGGCACAUAGUAGGCCCUACAAUUUUCAGCCGUGUUGCAUCCUAUUCCAUGUUAGUCAUCACCCAAGCCUUCGCUGGCCACCUUGGUGACCUCGAACUUGCUGCCAUAUCCAUUGCCAACAAUGUCGUUGUUGGCUUCGACUUUGGUCUCUUGUUGGGUAUGGCAAGUGCCUUAGAAACGCUAUGCGGGCAAGCCUUUGGAGCAAAAAAGUACUACAUGUUAGGCGUUUACAUGCAGCGUUCAUGGAUCGUUCUUUUCAUUUGCUGUAUCUUGCUUUUGCCUUUGUACUUCUUUGCCUCGCCAGUGUUGAAGCUGUUGGGGCAGCCCGGCGACUUGGCGGAGUUAUCCGGUGAGGUUUCCAUUUGGAUGCUACCGGUGCACUUCGCCUUUGCGUUUCAGUUCCCUCUGCAGAGGUUUUUGCAGUGCCAGCUCAAGACGGGGCCUAUUGCGUGGGUGUCUCUGGUGGCGCUCUUGGUGCAUGUGUUUAUCAGCUGGUUGUUCGUGUUCCAGCUCCAGUUCGGAGUUGUUGGUGCUGCUGCAACCAUUAACUUCUCGUGGUGGGUGUUCACCUUGGGGCUUUUUGGGUACUGUGUUUGGGGUGGGUGCCCUCACACUUGGGCUGGUUUUUCAGUUGAAGCGUUCUCUGGGCUUUGGGAGUUUGUCAAACUCUCUGCUGCUGCUGGAGUCAUGCUUUGCGUGGAGAAUUGGUUUUACAAAAUUCUGAUAGUGAUGACCGGAAACCUUGAGAAUGCAGAGAUUGCGGUGGAUGCUUUAUCCAUAUGUAUGACCAUCAAUAGCUUAGAGCUGAUGAUUCCUCUGGCAUUCUUCGCUGCAACGGGAGUGAGGGUUGCAAACGAGCUUGGAGCUGGGAACGGUAGAGGAGCCAAGUUUGCUACUAUAGUAUCUGUGGUGACAUCUGUUAUCAUAGGACUCUUCUUCUGGAUGUUGAUUUUGUUGUUGCAUGAUAAAUUCGGAUACAUAUUCACUAAUAGCAAACCUGUCCUUGACGAAGUAAAUAACCUUUCUCUUCUAUUAGCCUUCACAAUUCUGCUCAACAGUGUUCAGCCAGUUCUCUCAGGAGUGGCUGUAGGAUCAGGUUGGCAAUCAUAUGUUGCAUACAUAAACGUGGGUUGCUACUAUAUUAUUGGGGUGCCUCUUGGAUUUUUUAUGGGCUGGGUCUUCAAUCAAGGAGUUAUGGGAAUCUGGGCGGGGAUGAUUUUCGGUGGCACAGCAACUCAGACAUUAAUAUUAAGCAUCAUUACUAUGCGGUGCGACUGGGACAAAGAAGCUGAGAAAGCCACAUUGCAUCUGGCGAAGUGGGCAGAUCCAAAACAAGAACUGAACUAA